CAAAUGUGACAAGCUCGAGCGCUGUCGCCUGCCACACACCGGAAUGUCCUAGCCGCGCGCGGAGAAAGUGAACAGACCGACCAGCCAGAUGCAGACCGACGAAAUGGAGAGCUCCAUGGAGUCCCCCAACCUAGAGUUUGAGUAUGGGGACACAGACAGCCUGACUGCUGAGCUCUCAGAGCUCUACAGUUACACCGAAGAGCCAGAGUUCUCUCUCAACAGGGACUACUUUGAGGAAGACUUCAAGAGCCAUGUGCGAGGCCGCAGGUGGGUCCAGCUAGGUGUGGAGGAGCAGAAGGCCUAUGUGAUGAGACUGCUGGACGCCCUGGAGGUCACCGACAGGGACAAGAGGCUGAAGGUGGCCAGGGCCAUCCUCUACCUGGCUCAGGGUGUGUAUGAUGACUGUGACACAGACGUGGACGUUCUCUACUGGUCCAGACACAACGUGUUCCUGCUCUACGACAUGGGCAUCUUCACCGCUCUGCUGGAGCUGCUCAGCAUGGAGAUAGAUAACAACCAAGCGUGUAGCAGUGCGGUGAGGAAGCCUGCCAUCUCUCUGGCGGACAGCACAGAACUCAGAGUGCUGCUCAGUAUCAUGUACCUGAUGGUGGAGACAGUCCGUGUGCAGACAGAGGACGACCGGCCAGAGUGGAGGACCAGCAGAGCCGCCUUCAAGGCUGAGCUAGGUUCCCCUCUGGACAACGGAGAGCCGUUCACCCUGCUGCUCUUCACCAUGGUAACCAAGUUCUGCAGCAUGAAUGCCCCCCACUUCCCCAUGAAGAAGGUUCUGCUGCUGCUGUGGAAGACCAUCCUGUUUACCCUGGGGGGCUUUGAGGAGCUGCAGGAGUUGAAGGUGCGCGGUCGGGAGCGUCUGAACCUGGCGCCCCUCCCCGAGGACAGCAUCAAGGUGGUGCGCGCCAUGAGAGCAGCCUCCCCCCCCGCCUCCGCCAUGGAGCUCAUCGAGCAGCAGCAGCAGCAGAAGAGAGGCCGGCGCAGCCGCAGGAGUGCCUUUGUUGAUAGCUUGGAAGGAGACAGUCCCUUUCCCAAGAAGCAGCCCCUGGUGAAGCAGGACAGCCUGGACACCUACAACGAGCGCGACCCCUUCAAGAACGACGAGGCGAGGGACGAGGAGGAGGACGGCGAGGAUGCCGACAGCGGCAUCGAGGGGGAGGUGGACCCCCUGGACCGCGAUGUCAUUAUCCAGCCUCCACCCCCGCCGCCGCCCCUCCGGCCCCCGACAGAGAGGGUCUCCUUCCCCAAGGGACUCCCCUGGGCCCCCAAGGUCAGGGAGAAAGACAUUGAGACAUUCCUAGAGACGAGUAGGAACAAGUUCAUUGGCUUCACUUUGGGAAAUGACACGGAGACCCUGGUGGGCUUACCGAGGCCCAUACACGAGAGCGUGAAGACCCUAAAACAGCACAAAUAUGUCUCUAUCGCCGAGGUGCAGAUCAAGAGAGAGGAGGAGCUUCAGCAGUGCCCUAUGACCCUGGGGGAGGAGGAGGUAGAGGAGACCCCAGCAGAGAUCCUGUAUCUGGGCAUGCUUCCCAACCUCUCCCAGUACGUGAUUGCCCUGCUGAAGCUGCUAUUGGCUGCUGCCCCCACCUCCAAGGCCAAGACCGACUCGAUCAACAUCCUCGCCGAUGUGCUGCCAGAGGAGAUGCCAAUAACAGUUCUUCAGAGCAUGAAGCUGGGUAUUGACGUGAACAGACACAAGGAGAUCAUCGUCAAGGCCAUCUCUGCUCUGCUGCUGCUGCUGCUCAAGCACUUCAAACUCAACCACAUCUACCAGUUUGAAAUCGUGUCCCAACACUUGGUGUUUGCCAACUGCAUUCCUCUCAUCCUCAAGUUCUUCAACCAAAACAUCAUGUCCUACAUCAGUGCCAAGAACAGUAUAUGUGUACUGGACUUCCCUCACAGUGUGGUCCAUGAGAUGCCUGAGCUUACAGCAGAGAGCCUGGAAGCUGGGGAUAGUAACCAGUUCUGCUGGAGGAAUCUGUUCUCCUGUAUCAACCUGCUCAGGGUCCUUAACAAGCUCACCAAGUGGAAGCACUCCAGAACCAUGAUGCUGGUGGUGUUCAAGUCUGCUCCCAUCCUGAAGAGGGCGCUGAAGGUCAAGCAGGCCAUGAUGCAGCUGUACGUCCUCAAGCUGCUCAAGAUCCAGACCAAGUACCUGGGGCGCCAGUGGAGGAAGAGCAACAUGAAGACCAUGUCGGCCAUCUACCAGAAGGUCCGACACAGACUCAACGACGACUGGGCCUACGGGAACGACAUCGACGCUCGGCCGUGGGACUUCCAGGCGGAGGAGUGUGCCCUGAGGGAGAGCAUCGAGAAGUUCAACAGCCGCCGCUACGACAAGAGCCAGAAUGGAGAGUUUGCCCCCGUCGACAACUGCCUGCAAAGCGUCCUGGGACAACGUGUGGAGCUCCCGGAGGACUUUCACUAUAGUUAUGAGAUGUGGCUGGAGAGGGAGGUCUUCUCACAGCCCAUCCAAUGGGAGGGCCUGCUGCAGGGCCCGUAGCCAAUCAAGGGAGGGCAGAAUAUACAGACCCAUAUAAACGCAGACAUGAAUGCAAGGUUAACACAUACACACCAGAAACAGGUGCCUAUAAAUACUCUUAUCUUGAUGUAUGUACACGUAGGCCUACAUAGAACGUAUGUAUCUAGAAGCAUCUAUGUCAGAAACUGUGUGACUACGUGACAACAGAGUACUAUGGCAAGAGCAGGCUCCAUUUACCAGCUACAUAGAAGAUGGUUCCCUUGGUAUUAGUUAUCUCUGCAUACAGAUGGUCAGAACAUAACCUUUCUGUUUUUUGUCAUUUUUCAAUUACUGCCAUUGUCCCUUUUUUUGUUAAAGAUGUACAUUUUGCAUACUGUUGUUAGUACACUGUAUAUUUGAAGGUUUACGGUUGUAUUUAUUCAGUUCAAACUUGUAAUUGUUAGUCUAUGAAAGUUCAGUUGAUAUUAGGACUUUGUAUAUUUCUAGAAAAGGGCCUUUUUGGAAACAAACCACUGUGUGUGACCAGGGUAUUUUGGUAAUUACUAUUUAGAGUAGAAUGAAGCAGACACCAGUCUAGAUUUACUGUAGGUUCUUUCUGUUGUAAUAUCAAAAACAGAGACUGUUUAACUAUAAGUUUACUUUGGUCGAGUCUAGAGGGCAAUUUGAAAAAAGAACGCUAGGUGGGAAGACAAGAGGGAUGAAAGAAGGAAUAAAGUGGUGUUGAAGGAAGACAGGAACAAGGAGAGGAAGAGAGGAAGGAAGAAAGAUAGGGAUUGGCAAGAGUUUCUGAUGCUAGUCUGUGAGGUGUACCCCGGCACUGAUGGGUUGAAGGGGUGUGAUGGGGCGGGGCGGGAGCCCAUGGAAGGAUGACCUUCUCUGGGUAAGUCCGAAAAGAGGCUCCCUUUCUACUGUGUUGAAAGUCUUGUCCUCUAAGAGGUUGUUUGUUCUCUAUCUUCCUCCCAGCAGUCCACCUCACUGCCUUUAUAGAGCAAAGCACAGCUCCCCUGGACCGCAGCAUUGGCAGCACAGUAUCCUCCCCCAGCUCCAAGUGUCCUUGGUGAGAUCACAUCACCUCUUCCUGAGCUGAAUAGACCGCUGCUACACAAUGACACUGGAUUUUUCUAUGAGGGCAUAUGUUACUGAGUCAUCUCUCUUCCCAACUACUGUACACCCCUCUGUUCUGAAAGCUCCAGUUGAAUACGUUUAAUGAGCACAGGAGUCAAUGUCAACACCCUUUUACACCACUGUUCAGUAGCUAUUGAUUCAUUGUUGCUGGAAUUUUGGCUUUGUUGGUUUGCUUGUUAUCUGUGUAUUGAACCAUGAUUGUGUAACUGAGAUGUCUUGAAUUGUGCUCUUCUCCGUGAAAAUGUGCAUGUUUGCAGUUAUUGUUCUGUUUUGUAAACAUCCUAUUUAAACCGCAUUCAAUAACUUUUCUACAAGAUUUUUAAAAAGUACAUUUAGGUUGAAUGAUGUUUUCAAAUGCCCAGUCUGGGCGGUCACGUUCUGCACUCAUUAGUGUUGCACUUAAAGUGUCAAAAAAGCUUCAAAGAUUUGUCUCCCCUAUAUUAGGUCUUCACUUAAUUGGAAUGAAAAUGCCUAAAAGCUAUGAACGUGAUUCAGUAUGGCACAUGUCUAGAUUCUCAGGUUUAUGCUGUUACAUAGUAAAGAUCCAGGGUUUGUACUGUAAACUAAGGAAAGAGUUCCUUAUCCACUACCUACUGUGUUGGUAGUAAAACCAACGGAGGACUCCUGGGCACUGACACGUUUAUAGUCUCUGAAUACACAGUCAUGAUUUGUAUGGGCCUGUUUUAUGUUUCUGUCUGUCACCAAUUUGUUUUAGAGGUUUGUACCUCAAGUGCCAAAGUUAUGAGUGCAGGUAUUUCUUUGGAAUUACUUCCAUGGUUUGUAUUCAUAUGCCUUACUUGGGGCAUCUCUUGUUGCAAACAACACAAUUAUUUUGCAAUAUUCUUUUUAUUUUCUACCUGAAUUGUACAGAAAGACUAGACAUGUUCUAAACAGUGUGUUUAUUGUAAUGACAUUUGUUUUGCAUUGUGUAUGGAUGUAGCUAAAUGUGUUUUGGUUACAAUUAAAAAUAUUUCCAUAUGGAGUAGUCUAGGAAACACACUCAAUGAAUUUGUUUAGGGGUGUGUGCAAUUAUAGAUAUACUGGCAUUGUGGCAUUAUUCUAUUGAAUGACAAAUUAUUAUCAGAGUUCUUAUUAAAAUACAUGAAAGUAUAAAACAUU